AUGAGUGGUUUUAAAGUAGACGAGAGCUUCGGAAACGGAAGCAGUGGCGAAAGGAAGUACAGAGGAGUCCGUCGUCGGAGAUGGGGGAAAUGGGUGUCCGAAAUCCGAGUCCCCGGCAGCCAAGAACGUCUUUGGUUAGGCUCAUAUUCGACGCCGGAAGGUGCCGCCAUGGCCCACGACGUUGCUUUCUAUUGUCUGCGGCAGCCGUCUUCCUUGAAUGCUCUCAACCUUCCGACCAUGUUGCCUCCCUAUGUCGAUGCCAACAUGUCCCCCAAGUCUAUCCAGAGAGCCGCAUCGGAUGCCGGCAUGGCCGUCGAUGCCGUCCGGGUGAUGGAGAUCAGUCCAGUCGGCAAUGAGGCCGAAAAGGUUAACGGAAACGUUGGGAUCAUGGGCGUUGUGGCUGAGUGGUGGGAAGUAGGAGGGGAGGCGUUGAGCAUCUCUGUCGAUGAUUAUCUUGAGUGUUGA